GGUCACAGGCGGUCACGACCCAUAUGAACUCCGGGCCGGCACGCUGCAUAAGGGAAGGCAGUGAGUCACUAUAGCAUCCCUGUAACGUAUGCGAGGUGCCUACCCAAGGUCAAUGCGGGAAACAGUCACCUACAAGAUGCUGCGGAGCUACAUGAUAACCCAUCGAUCCACAUAUCGUUCCAACCCACCACUAAACCGCUACCACCACCAUGGCGCACCUGAAGGACUUCACCUUGUUUGUUGCGACUCGCGAGCAGAUCAUCGAGCAUCGCACGCGGACGUUCCCUGUGUGGGGCGGUGGACAUACUGUCGAGGAGUAUCUCGCGCGUGAUGCGGCAUGCGAGCAGCAGGAGAACUCGGUUGAGGGGAGGUUGAUUACCUGGGUCCUUGCUCCGCGGGAUGAUCCCACAACGUUGGACUUCCCCUGCGCGGUUGAGUCGUACCGCCGCGAAGGACGAUCCUACGACGGCGAGCUCCAGCGCGUUACCGCCUACAACGUCGCCUGCGUCUACACCAAAGAAGACAAGCGCCGGAAGGGCUACGCCAACCACAUGAUGCGCCUCCUGCACUGGGUACUCGCCGACGAGAGAUUCUUGGACCGCAAGGCGUUCCCGAGUGAGUGGGGCGCGCCUCCAGAGAGGGUCUCUGAGGCCGGCGGCGCGUACUUCUCAGCGCUGUGGAGCGGUAUUGGGCCGGAUUUCUACAAGACGUGCGGGGAGGCGCCGGGAAGGGAUGGGUGGUUGAUCAAGGACUCGCGGUCGACGAUCUGGAAAUUGGAGGAGGCGGAGGGGAGAGUGAAGGAGCCUGCGGGGGGCUGGCAGUGGCUCGAUGAGAAGGAGGUGAAGGAGGCGUGGGAUGCGGAUGUGCCGCUGAUGGAGAGGGAUAUAGAGGAGCUCGGGAAGCAGCUUGUGGGCAAGCCGGUGGUUUCGUUCCUGCCAAACAAGGGGGUGGCGGCGUUCCAGCACGAGCGUUGCAUCUUUAGUGCGCCUCACGCUCCCUUCUUGUUUAAGUCGUGGGGGAUCAAGGCUACGGAGGGCGAGCUCGCCUACGCGACCUGGACGGUGGACGUGAAGCGGAAGUCGCUGGGGCUGAAGAACUUGCUCCUGACGCGGAUACGAGCGCACAGCGACGCGCAGUUCAAGGAAAUGAUGAGCGCGGUGCUUCGGUAUGCGAAGGAGAAUGGGUGCCAGGCGGUUGAGAUGUGGAAUUUGCCGCGGAACUUCGAGGCGGCUGCAAAGGAUUUGGCGGGCGAGACGUUCGUUAGGGAUUCGUUCCUUCCAGCUCUCAAGACGUAUGCUGUCGAGGACGCGGAGUAUGCCUUCAAUGAGAGGUUCCACUGGUGCUGAGGGACGGCGUAGACCAGUUAAGUUUCAAAUGUAGUGUGGAGGCGUUGAUUGCUACAGAGGGUGCCAGCAAUCUUUGCGUACCUUUGGAG